GCAGAACAACUUCGUCAGCAUUAUAUGAGUAAAUCCAAUGCAGAAGUUGCAGAAGCCCAUCAGGCCUUACAGCCAGUUCUUCAGACCAUUCGGGAGCUUCAGAGAAAGAUACAUUCUGGUUCUCCUUGGUGGUUGGAUGUCAUCCAGACAGCAAUACAGUAUGCCAUCGAUGAGGAGCUUGUUCAACGUGUGCAAAACGAAAUAGCCUGCAACUACAAACAGCAGAUUAAUAAACUCUCCAUGGCAGAGAAAUUCCGUGACUGCAGAGGCCUUCAGUAUCUGCUCACAACACAGCUGGAGGAAGUGAAGAAGUUCCAGAAGAUUGUAAGAGAAGCAGUGAAAAACUUAGAAGGCCCUCCCUCUAAGCAGGUUAUUGAGGCUGCCACUAUCUGCCAUUUGCGACCUGUUAGACUUCCACUUAACAACUGUGUCUUUUGUAAGGCUGAUGAGUUGUUCACAGAAUAUGAGUCGAAGCUCUUUUCUCAUACUGUUAAAGGCCAAAUGGCAAUAUUUGAGGAGAUGAUAGAAGAUGAAGAAGGGCUUGUUGAUGACCGUUUGCCCACCACAAGUAGAGGACUGUGGGCAACCAGUGAAACUGAACGUGCCUUGAAAGCUCUUCUCUCCUUUGCCAAAGCUCACCGAAUGGAUGUUAAGCUAACCGAAGAAGGCAGUGUAUUUCUGGAACUCUUUGAAGCGUGGAAAAAGGAAUAUAAGUUACUUCAUGAAUACUGGAUGGUACUUAGGGAUCAUGUGUCUGCUAUUGAUGAACUGGCAAUGGCUACAGAACGGCUCAGAGUGCGUCAUCCUGAUGAACCAAAACCAAAUCCACCAGUUCUCCACAUCAUAGAACCACACGAGGUAGAGCAAAAUCGAGUGAAACUUUUGAAUGACAAAGCAGUUGCCAAAUCACAGCUUCAAAAGAAAUUAGGACAACUUCUGUAUCUCACUAAUCUGGAGAAAUCUCAGGAUAAAACUACUGGGGGAGUUAACCCAGAACCAUGUCCUAUCUGUGCACGUCAACUGGGAAAACAGUGGGCAGUGCUGACAUGUGGACACUGUUUUUGUAAUGAAUGUGUAGCUAUCAUCAUAGAACAGUACAGCGUUGGCACCCGCCGGAGCUCAAUUAAAUGUGCCAUUUGCAGGCAAACAACAUCACAUAAAGAAAUAUCAUACGUCUUCACUGCAGAAACUGCAAAUCAGGAGGAUGACAUUCCUGUAAAGGGAAGUCACUCCACCAAAGUGGAAGCUGUGGUCCGAACGCUGAAGAGAAUUCAAUUUAAAGAUCCAGGGGCUAAAUCCUUAGUUUUCUCAACGUGGCAAGACGUGUUGGACAUAAUUUCAAAAGCUUUGUGUGACAACAACAUGAUUUUUUCUCAGAUCAAUGGAAUUAGUAAAUUUCAGGAAAAUCUCUCUGCAUUUAAAUACGAUCCCAACAUCAAUAUUUUGCUGUUGCCUCUUCACACUGGUUCCAAUGGACUAAACAUCAUCGAAGCAACUCACGUUCUGCUUGUGGAACCCAUUCUGAAUCCUGCACAUGAGCUACAGGCUAUUGGCAGAGUGCAUCGUAUUGGCCAGACAAAGUAA